UCACUUGAACUUGAACGCUGCAGGCAUGCACAGCUUGCUAAUAAAUUAAUAAAUUAAAAUUAAAUAUAUCAUCACAACAUAAAUAAAUACAUCACAAAAAACAUACAAACGUAAAACAUGGUUGACAAAUUAAGAGUAUUCUGUGCGUGGGCGUCUCGACGCAGUCGUUAUCAUUAUCAGUGUUUAGCGCGUCGGCGAUCAGAUGGUGCUAACAGUGUUAACGUCCCUCACCACUCGCGGACGACGCGUCGACGCCUGAAAACUUCGUCUAUGCCGAGUGUUUUUUAAAAACGCCGGCGAUCGCGUGCGGUGUGUGCGCGUUGCCUCUGUUUACGAGUGUUCGAAACUCGCAGCGAACGCGGUGGAGCGUCUUUCAAGUGCAGUGCAGAGUGCACAGUGCAACAAACCGAACGAACACUUCACAUUGCACAAACUGGACAAUCCGUGCAAUUCAUUAAAAUGCACAAUAUUCAUCCAAGUCGACGAGUUGAACGACACCGAUAACGUAACAAAAUAAAAAUAAUAAAAACAAAACGAAAUUUAUGGUUAAAUUUAAACACGAAUAAAAAUGUAAGAAAUUCAGUGCCAAUUUGUGUGUUUUGUGAUUUGUGACUUGAAAAUAUUUAUGUAAAAAGAUGCCGGACAGAUUCAAAGUGACCAAGUCUGAUGUGCGCGGUGAGUUCUUUCGGGGACCGGACGGGGGCGGUAAACAUGCCGCCGUCGCCGAAACAGACGGCGACGAUCACGCGUACGACAAACUCCUGCCUGAGAAACACGUGCAGCCCAAACAGACGCAUGCAAAGGGGAGCAAAGGGGAUUGUGAUGUCGGAGAUGGCACUGACGAGCAGCCGUUCGUGCAGGACAAGAUGUCCGGCUACGAGACGAACCUCUACCUCUAUUCGGAAGAGAUGGAGGAUCGUCCACGUAUCUCGACGCUCAUCAGUUCGUUGGCCAACUACUCCAACACCAUCUCACCGGCGCCGGCUGACCCCGACGCACGGCCCUCCGGCGGCGGCGCUAAUAUGGGCACCCUCAUCGGCGUUUACCUCCCGUGUAUCCAAAACAUCUUCGGCGUAAUCCUCUUCAUUCGACUGACGUGGGUGGUGGGCACCGCUGGCGCCGUGCAGGGCUUCCUCAUCGUGCUGGUGUGCUGCUGUGUGACAAUGCUGACGGCCAUCUCGAUGUCGGCGAUUGCGACGAACGGCGUGGUGCCGGGCGGCGGGAGCUACUUUAUGAUCUCGCGCUCGCUCGGCCCGGAAUUCGGCGGCGCCGUCGGCAUGCUGUUCUAUACGGGCACCACGCUGGCGGCGGCUAUGUACAUCGUGGGCGCGGUUGAAAUUGUGCUGACGUAUAUGGCGCCGAGUUUAUCGCUGUUUGGGGACUUCACGAAGGACGCCAGCGCGAUGUACAACAACUUUCGGGUCUACGGCACUGGGUUGCUAAUUGUCAUGGGUUUCAUCGUGUUCAUCGGCGUCAAGUUUGUCAACAAGUUCGCUACGGUCGCGCUGGCGUGCGUCAUCUUUUCCAUUAUUGCCGUUUAUGUCGGCAUCUUUGUAAAUAUCAAUGGAAACGAUAAUUUGAGCAUGUGCGUCUUGGGCAAACGACUACUGAAGGACAUCCCGAUGGCAUCAUGCAACAAGACAGUUGGCGGAGAUUUGCAUCGAAUCUUCUGCAAUUCAACGAAUAGCAUCUGCGAUCCGUACUACAAGGCAAACAACGUCACUAUUGUGCGCGGCAUUAAGGGCUUAUCAUCGGGCGUUCUUCUUGACAACAUCAAGGAUAGCUUCCUCGAGAUGGGCGAAUACCUCGCCAAGGGCAAGGCACCCGCCGAUUAUGAAAACGUUGGCCAACCGAGUUACAACCAAGUUUUGGCUGAUAUUACCACUUCGUUUACAAUCCUCAUUGGCAUCUUCUUCCCUUCUGUCACUGGUAUUAUGGCUGGAUCAAAUAGAUCUGGAGAUCUUGCUGAUGCGCAAAAGUCUAUCCCGAUUGGUACAAUCUGUGCUAUCUUGACCACAUCCACAGUAUACCUAUCCACCGUUAUCCUUUUUGCUGGUACCGUUGAUAACUUACUUUUGCGUGACAAGUUCGGUGUUUCAAUUGGUGGUAAACUUGUCGUAGCUAACAUUGCCUGGCCUAACCAGUGGGUUAUCCUCAUUGGUUCCUUCCUUUCUACUCUUGGGGCAGGUUUGCAAUCUCUUACUGGUGCUCCUCGUUUGCUUCAAGCUAUUGCCAAAGAUGGAAUUAUUCCGUUCCUAGCCCCAUUUGCUGUGUCCUCUAGCCGUGGUGAACCCACCCGUGCAUUAAUCCUCACCAUCCUAAUCUGCCAAUGUGGUAUUUUGCUGGGUAAUGUUGAUUACCUUGCUCCACUGCUCUCCAUGUUCUUCUUGAUGUGCUACGGAUUUGUCAAUCUUGCCUGUGCCCUGCAGACUCUUCUAAGGACCCCCAACUGGAGACCUCGAUUUAAGUACUACCACUGGAGUUUGUCCUUCACUGGCCUUGCUCUUUGCAUUGCUAUUAUGUUCAUGACUUCGUGGUACUAUGCCUUGUUGGCUAUGGGUAUGGCGGGUAUGAUUUACAAGUACAUUGAAUACCGAGGAGCUGAGAAGGAAUGGGGAGAUGGUAUCCGAGGUUUGGCCUUGUCUGCAGCAAGAUUCUCUCUUUUGAGACUGGAAGAGGGUCCACCGCAUACAAAGAACUGGCGUCCGCAGAUUCUUAUCCUCGUAAAACUGACCUCAGAUAUGGUGCCCAAAUACCGCAAGUUGUUCGCAUUUGCUUCACAAUUGAAAGCCGGAAAAGGUCUCACUGUCAGCGCUUCUAUUAUCAAAGGUGACUUUACAAAGUCUAGCAGUGAGGCAAUGGCUGCCAAACAGAAUCUUCGCCGCACCGUAGAUGAAGAACGCGUGAAAGGAUUUGUUGAUAUUCUUGUUGCUCGUAACGUCACUGAUGGAUUAUCCCAUUUGGUUCAAACAAGUGGUCUUGGCGGUAUGAAACCAAACACGGUGAUUCUCGGCUGGCCGUACGGCUGGCGGCAGUCGGAGGACGACCGCACCUGGCAGGUAUUCCUGCAAACCGUCCGCAAUGUGACCGCCGCGCGCAUGGCCUUACUGGUGCCCAAGGGCAUCAACUUCUUCCCUGACUCCAGCGAGAAAGUCGUCGGCAAUAUUGACGUUUGGUGGAUUGUCCACGAUGGCGGUCUGCUGAUGCUCCUACCCUUCCUUCUUAAACAGCACCGCACGUGGAAGAACUGUAAGAUGCGCAUCUUCACCGUUGCACAGAUGGAGGACAACUCGAUCCAGAUGAAGAAGGAUUUGAAAAUGUUUUUGUAUCAUCUGCGUAUUGAGGCUGAGGUGGAAGUAGUCGAAAUGAUGGAUAGUGAUAUCUCAGCAUACACCUACGAGCGAACACUGAUGAUGGAGCAACGGAAUCAGAUGCUGCGCGAGCUGCGUCUGAACAAGAAAGAGUCCCUGGGCGUGGUGCAAACUCUGGUGGACUUCAAUGAGUCAACAGAAGAGAAACUGCCAUUGGUUCAGUCGAUAGUCGACCAGCAUCAUCAGAAUGACGCCAAGGCGACGGCGACCAAGGUGCGCUUCCAGGAGCCCGGCUCCGAGAGCGGCGGUGCCAACGAUUGUGAUAAUAAGAAGUCUAACGACGAGGAACCUUCCAAUGAAGUUUCAUCAGUUGUGGAAGUAAACGGUGAUUGCGAGAAUAUUAUCAAAGAGAAAGAAGACGCCUCCGAGAAGGAGCCGCUGUCUGAUAGCAAGGACGAAGAUACUGAAACUGAAGAAGAGCAGAAGCCUACCAUGACACCAGACGAGGGCAACGUGCGUCGAAUGCACACCGCCGUCAAGCUGAACGAGGUGAUCGUGAAUCGCUCGCACGACGCUCAAUUAGUCAUUCUGAACUUGCCUGGACCGCCGAAAGACACCCGAGUGGAACGGGAGUCAAAUUAUAUGGAAUUCUUAGAAGUUCUUACCGAAGGCCUCGAGCGAGUGCUUAUGGUGCGCGGUGGCGGUCAGGAAGUCAUCACCAUCUACUCAUAAACAACCCGAAGACAUCCUCGUACGAGGUCCUCUACACCCCUCACACACGCUACACACACAAACACGCGCUCGACACGCAAGUGACGAGCCAAAACCGGAGCGAUUAAAUGAAUCGAAGACGCGAGGCGAGGAGAGAAAAACCGUAGAGUGUAAAUUAGACAUCUCCAGUUCUUAGUGUGGCUGAUUUAAAACAAAGAUUAAACUUAAUUAAAUUUAAAUAUUUAACAGAGGAAAGUAACUAUAAUACGGUACAGUAUUUUAAAGAAAACCAAAACCAAACGUAAGACAAACAAAAACAGAAAUAAGCAAAUUUAUUAGUUGACUAUAUGAGUAAAUAUAUAAAUGAAAAAAUAUAUAAAUAUAUAUACAAGAUAUAGAUGCAUAUAUAUAUUUGCCUGAAUCGUGAUUAAACCAAAGAGAUUCUAAUUUAUUCUUCUUAAUGUUAUAGUUCGUAUUGAUAUCGAUUCGUAAUAUAAUUGAAGAAAAAACAAAGAAUGACAAACAAUUAAUGAUUAGGUAAACAUUUUUUAGCGUGUUGAAAAGCAUCAUGGUCAAUGUCACUUAAUUUUAAUGUUUUAUUCGUUAGGAGGCAUUUUUACCAAAUCAAAAACAUAUACACUGACAUUCGUAUUAUAAUUUUAGUAUCUAAUCUUUGUAUUUUUUUUAUUUUAUGACAUUGUUAUUUGUACUGUUAAAUUUUAUCGGACUGCCAUCAUGAUGCUCGACUUCUCACACAUUGCGAAUUGUUUAUUAUACUGCGCUAGAUCUAUUUGUAUUCCAUUGAACUAUUGAAUUGUGUCAAAUCAAAAACAAAAAAACUUAAGAAAGCAAAUGAAACUUACACUGUAACUGCUCAUUUUUCUACAUCAAAAAAUACGAAAAUACCAAAAACAAGAUGAAAACAAUCAUUGCAUCUACAUUCUCGUGUGCAUUGGAACGUGCAUUUCACAUUUCACAUUUAACAUUCUCUAUCUAUUUGUAAACCUCGAUUGAGCGUUUCGUGGUCCACAGCGUGGCGCUGCGAAACUGAUAUUACUCUAUCUCGACAUCUACGAAUCUAGCGGCGCGUUUCAGUACGCUCACGUUGACGCGUCACGCGCGCCGCUGCUAAUGUGCAUGCAAAGAAAAAAACAGUUAAAUAAAGUAAAUUUAAAGCAAACAUAACGUAGCAUAAUCGAACAGGAGGCAUCUCUUAAGGACAAGUCUUUUAGGGAAGUAAGUGAGAAGCAUAUAAACAAACUAAUGAAAACGUAUAAUAGCAUAAUGAAUUUUAACAAAAUAUUGAAUUGAAUCUAUUAAUGAUGUUGAUAGUAAAACAAAUGAUAAACAGUAAAUUUCGAAUUAUGCGCGAUGCGUAUUUGCGAAUUGCACGCCGGAACACACACUGAAAGUAAUAAUUAUAUAUUGUACAUUACAACAUGCUACAACAAAGUCAGUUCAAAAGCAAGUACAUAUAAAUAAAUUAUGACUAAAUGUAACGAGAGCAUAAUUCGACUACUACUAUUAAAUGUUAAACCGUAUACAUACAGAAAAUGUACAAUAAAAUGUACCUCAACUUACCAGGUUAUUGAAGCAAGAAUUCUCUUCAUCGCAAUUGAAAUUCAACGUUUGAUUAAAUGAUAAAAAUAUAAUGAUAGUUUAAAAGUA